AAUAGAGGCACAUCUAAAACAUGCAGAGCAGGGAGGCCUGAGGACUGGAAUUGAGAAGCACUGCUUUAUGGUAACUAUGUACAGAAUAUUCAGAGUAAGUACCUCAAAAUAUGCAACCAUUACAAUAAACAGGUAAAACUGAAAUAUGACAAACAUAUCUGAGCUUUCUGCAGGAAUCAGCUGCAGAGCUAAACGUCAGCAAAGUGCUAACAGAACAAGAACUCUGCUAUCAUCAGAAACAUUUAUUGAUCCAAACACAGCAAUGAAAGUUGACCUGCAACCAUGAGACUGAGGAGGAGCCAGAAAACCUUGGGGUGAGACGUUAUGAUCCACGACUCACUUCCUGCUCUCAUGUCUAAUGGCUGCACUGGUUCUGCUGCUUUGACCAAAAAGCAGAGAAAUCUUCCCUGAGCGGCUUGUCUCCAUGCAGGCGGGUUCUGUGUGUCACCAACCGACAGAACACGCCGCUACUGACGGCGUGCGCCGGCGUUACGCUUGAGAGGAACCAAGUGGACACCUGUAGCUGAAAGGCAGAAGAACCAGGAAGGAGAGGCGUGACUGGACCAACCAGUUCAUUGAAAAAAGUCCAAAAAGGUGUGUUGGAUUUGAACAGGACAAUGGGGUCAUCAUCACAUCCAUCAUCACCAUCACCCACCCCCCCCCGGGGGCCCUCAGACUUUGGUUACCAUGGUAACAGUGCUGGAGCCGGCUCAGCAGAGGACCAGGAAGCUGGGGCUCAGGGCAUCCACCUACUGCUGAGACCUCCAGACCUGCUGGCCCCCAGUCUUCCCCCAGUACUCCCCCCACACAGCCAGCCCACCCUCACCCCUCCGCCCCCCUGGGAGCAGGGCCCCUCCCUGGAGGAAGCAUGGGGCUCUGGGGACUACCUGGAGACCCUGUCCUUCAUGGUGCCUGACGGGGAGGAACUGGGCCUUGCCACGCCACUACCGAGCCACCCUUGGGAUGCGGACUCUGAUGGGGACUGGGUCUCUUAUGACACGGCCUUCCCGGCCCGUCCAACCCUCCCUCUGUUCUCCCGUCCCCUCGUCACCCCCUCCUCCACCCCUGCUGUUCCCCUGCACACCCACACUGCCCAUCUGGAUGUUUUUUCCACAUGGGAUGAGGAAUAUGACCCGGAGGACAUGAUGCCUCUGGAACCGACGGAGGUGCUGCUGCCAGACAUGAACAGUCUGGAGUACUACACCAACCUUCUGGCCCGGGAAAAGCAGAAGGAAAAGGAGAGGGAGAAGGAGGACCAGAUACAUGGUACCAAGUCCAGACCCUCCAUUACUCCCACAACAACACAAACUCACCUUUCUCCUCUGACCCCAGUCCCAACCCUCAGUGGACCUCCACCAGAUCAUCCCCCACGAGGAGCCUUCCCUCCCCUCACUCCCUCACCUGCUCUUACAAGUGAAAAGUCACCUACCCUACCAAGCACCUCCCAAACCCCUUCCACUCCUGCUCCACCUUCUCCAAAAACCAAAGACCGUGCUCCAGGCCUCCCUCCUCGUCCCCCAUCUAACACUUCCAGCCAGGUGCCACCCCCUCCCCCACUGGGACCACCAGUUCGGCCCGUCAAACCAGGAAGACCGUCGGUGAUCACAGAAAAAACAGCAAAACCUCCAGCCAUAACGACCACCACCCAGAUUACCUCCAUCAGCCUCACCAGAGGGCCCCCAGUUACCACACCCAAAGGGGCCCAGACUCCGCUCACCAGACAGUACCUGUGCAACGUCACCAAGCCUGAGCUGUACCUGGUCAGAGUGGUGAGUUCUAAAGGCUCGUCGGCCGGGUUCAGUCAUGUCCGCGAUGUCCUGAGGAGAGAGUUCAACCGCUCAGUAGAGCUGCAGUUCCUGAGAACUCCAUCCAGUUUUGCCUUUCGUGUCGUGUCUGGACCCAUGAUAUUCACUGCCGUAUCUGUCAUCAACGCUCUCCGUCAGUCACCGCGCAGUUCAGGCCCCAUUCCUACAGUUUCCCCUCUCUAUACCAUACCGGACCUCUGGUACCAGAUCCACUCGGUGCUGCAGUUUGUUCCCACCCAUGUUGACGUCAGAGUGUGCAACUUCAGUGAAAGGGUGGAGCGAGGGCUGAUAAUGGCAUAUGCAGAGAGCAGAAGGAGGUCCCACGAGGCGGGAAACAUCACCGUCCAGCUGCUGAACAUCACAAUGAGCAAAGGCUGGCCAUCAGGGGGGCAGAAGGUUCCUGUUGACAUCACUUUCGCUGUACGAGAUGGGAGGGGCUACUUGGCGGGGUCAGAGGUUAGCGAACACCUGAGGAAGCUCAGCUUGGUGGAGUUCAGCUUCUAUGUUGGAUUUCCUGCUCUGCAGAUUGCAGAACCCUCCCACUAUCCUGAGCUAAAUAUGUCCCACCACCUGCGUGACACGUGGGUCCGUACAGUCCUGCUGGGUGUUCAUGAGCAGCAGGUGGCUGAGAGGAGUUUUAAAGCUCGACUGGAGCGACGACUGGCUGUGCUACUGGAGGAAGGACUGCAGGAGACCAGCAGGAGGCGCUGGAGAAGAGCAACCGCUGUGGGCAACAACAGUUUACAGGUGGUGCGGAUAUCCAGGCUGUCCGGGCCAGAGCGCCCCCUGGAGGUGUUUUACUUCGUAGAGGGUCCAGGUGGGGAGAGAGUCCCGGCAGAGGUAACUGCAGCCACCAUGAACCGCCUGGACCUUCAGAGGGCCGCCAUUGUCCUUGGACACCGAGUCCAGAGGCCUCUGGCUCAACCUGUAGAGACUCUUUCUGUUCCUCCGGCCGAGACUCAGAGCAGCAGCAUUUGGUUGAUCGUAGGGGUGGUUGUCCCUGUGCUACUGGCUGUCUUCAUUAUCAUCAUUCUCUACUGGAAGCUUUGUGGGUCUGAGAAGCUCGAGUUUCAACCGGAUGCCAUCAACACCAUCCAGCAGAGGCAGAAGCUUCAAGCUCCUAGUGUCAAAGGCUUUGACUUUGCAAAGCUCCAUCUUGGUCAGCACAGUAAAGACGACAUCAUGGUGAUCCAGGAGACGGGUCCACUACCUGCCCCAAUAAAAGAGGCCACGCCCUCCGACGGUGGAGACCUCAACACUCCCAAGUCCAAAGGAUCAUCCACUAAAGCAGCACGUUCAAGUCGCCGCAGGGGAAGGCUCAGCCCUUCAGACGGAGACUCGUUAGGAAGUGAGCAAUCCAGUGGCAGGGAGUCGGCAGAGGAAAGCACCAGACCUGUGGCCACACCCAGUGAGGGCAAACACCACAGGAAGGCCCCUAAAAAUGGGAGGAGCAAAAUAGCGGUCCCAUCAGGCAGCGGUCCAGAUGAACUUCUCUCCUCAUCCUCCAUCUUUGACCAUGUUGACCGUCUCUCCCGUGGCUCUUCAGAUGGAACCCGUCGCCAGGCCAACAAGGUGCAACUUAUCGCCAUGCAGCCACGACCAAGUCCGCCUGCGGCACAUGGCCCGCCACAGCCGAGUCCGUCCCUCACUGAAAAGGUCAAUACUGAGGUGGCGCUAAGGCACAAGUCUGAGAUCGAACAUCACAGGAACAAACUGCGCCAACGUGCAAAGAGGCGGGGCCAGUGUGAGUUUCCUUCCAUGGACGACAUCAUGGAUGCUUUCGGAGACGGGCCGGUUCAGAGCGAAGCGGCCCAGCGGCUCUACAGCUCCGCCCACGACCACAUGGACUGCAUCCUUCAGGCCGAGGGAGCCUCACCUCUGACCCCCGCCGACUCCAGGAAGAGAGGGAGGCGCUCUCCUCGGGGCCGGAGACCUCAUCAAGGACCAGGAAGUCUUCCAGAUACAGACAGAGAUCGGCUGCUCACAGACCAGAGCGCCACCUACAGGAAGUACCCCGGACUCAACAAUGUAGCGUACAUGUCGGACCCUGACCUGCCCCCAGACCACGGCAGUCCCUCCCCUACUGAUGAGGUCUUUGACUCAGCCCCAGCUCCACCUCCUUACAUGCCCCCCCAGCCUUCUAUUGAGGAAGCCCGGCAGCAGAUGCACUCCCUGCUGGAUGACGCCUUCGCCUUGGUAUCACCAUCUUCACAGGCCAGCGGUGUGAGAUAUGCGGAGUUGGGAGUCUCCCCCACAUCCAUCCAGGGUCUGCUGCAAAGGCAGGGCCUGGGCUCAGGAGGAUAUGUUUCUACUGGAGAACAACUGCAGGAGUCAGUGUACUCCAACAGGGGGAAGUACGAAGACCCUCCUUCAUCCUCCAGACCCCGACCUGUAGGGGGCAGUACAGGGGCACAGCUUCACCAUCUGACUCAGGUGGGUUUGUCCAGUCAGAUCGGUGCGUACCCUGGAGUAGGUCGCAGCAUGUCUGGACCCACUGGCUCCAGCUGGCACCAGCAGCACUCAGACCAGGACCUGUCCAGACCUGGAGGUAGCAGAGAGAGUGUGCUGUCGUUCCCUGAGUUCUCUUCUUCAUCUGUUUUUCAAAUGCCCAGCUCUUCGUUACGAGACCCAUCGGCUCCACCCCUCCUCUUAACCUCGCCCACCCCAGAAUAUCCACCAGAGGAUGCCUCUCCAUCUGCCCACACAUCCGCCUCUCUCAUCAAGGCGAUCAGGGAGGAGCUGCGACGGCUGGCCCAGAAACAGGCGGCGGUGACCAGCUACCCUUAACUGACCUGCACCUUUUUAAAUCAGGAGUUACAGCAGCUGUUCUACUAGUUGGUUAAGUACUGUGCCGCUAAACAUAAAAUACCCAUGAUCUAAAUGGCAGCGUCUCCUGACGACCACCAGGACUUAACAGGGUUUUGUCUUUUUAUGUGUCGGUCCACUACCCCUGAGUUCAUCGCCCAGAUUCACAUUUCCACUAAAGUGCUUCCUGGAGUAGAUCACUGAGGAUUGGCCGACCUGGACUUCUACACUGAAUCAUCCCUUUUGAACUUCUGGAACAACAAUACAGCCCCCAACCAUGAAAUGAGAGGCCCCUCUGGAGUUGUGAAGUUGAUGGCCUUUUGUGGUCUAGUCAUCUACCUUCAACUCUAGGAGCUCGUCCCUCUUGGCCUUGUGAAGUGGAUAAUACCUGUUGGAGUUCUGAAGCAGAAGCAUCGCGAUUGGUUUACUUUUGAACUCGGAUUGUACUUCUCAAUUUCUGAAGCUAUCUUAGUCAGAGAGUUUUCAAUUGGUCUUCAGUGAAUUAGCCACACAUCCUGCUCUUUUGGUUAAAACAAUAUUGUUGACCUUGCAGAGUGAAUGUCUCUAGGAAUUGUACAGCAAACUGUUUUGCUGUUGUCUUUGAGUUCCUGGUUCCUUUAAACCUUUGGUCAUUGCUCCCUUCUAGAGUUCUGAAGGCUGGGCUGACCCAUCAGUCCUUGUUGAGGUAAUUCUUCACAUGAAGAAAACUUCUGAACCCUUGUAGACCUGAUGAUGGGUCUUAUGGUUCUACAGCAGAUGAUCACUUCUGGAUGAAAUUGACCUUCUGCAUAAUCUGGUGUGGGUUCCCCCUUUUAGAGUUUUAAAGAUGUUGCUCCAGUGUUUUCUAGUUUAGUCAGGAUUCUUACGUGGACUUUAUUCAACCUUCUUAGCCUUCUGAGAUAAAUGGGAAACUCUGAAAAUCUACAGCAGAUCAUGGUUUCCAGGAUAAUUAGGCCGUUGUUAACCUAGAGGGAACAUGUGAAGCUCACUGUCCUUCCAGAACUUGUGGGCAUUUGCCCAUUCUUGGGGUGUAUCGUUCCUUCUGAAGUUCUGAAGUGGGUAAUCUUUCUGGAUUCCCUGUGGUGCUAAUUGUCAGCCUCAUUACAUUUAAACAUUGACCACAUACUGCCUUCCAUGAUCCAUCAGCCAUGGUGAUCAUGUAUGCAUCUACCAACCAUACAGAAAAUAGAUUUGCACUGUUUAUAGCAGGAGGUGCAGCAAAGUUCUGACAGCAUGACAAACUAUUAGAAAAAAUACACACACACAAAUACAUACAUAUAUAUAUAUAUGUGUGUGUGUGUAUGUGUGUGUGUUCAUAUAAAGGUAUAUAAAUGAAAUUUUUAGAAAUAGAAUCCCAAUGAGCACAAUAUUAAUGUGAGAGUUAUUAUUGGAGUAUUGAGAUGUUCUGUAUUUUUUAUUGCUUAUAUAUGAAAUGAUGCUUUAAAUGCUUUAUUUAAAUCAAAAAAAGACCAAACUACUGUUCCAUGGUUGUAAACUCUUGUGUUUGAGCUUGCUGUAGAUUCUGAGGCCGUUUGUUGCGCUGCAUCGCUGCUAGCUUGUGUGUUUGUGUAUCAGUGGUAAAAAAAAAGAAAAAAGAAAUUGCAGCAAAAGCAUCACUUUUCCAGCUUUUUGUGAUUUAUCUGUUGCUCCCAUCUGUUUUCUGUAGACACUGAAGAUGGCGCUAAUGUUAUGUUGGAGAUGGGAGUCUUGAUAUUCUUCUCAGCUGCAGCUGCUUCUCAAUGAACAGUUUGAUGCUGCACACAAGAAGAACAGCCAUGAAAAGAAUGAUUCCUCUUUUCAAUGACGGUCCCGUGUGUUCUGGUGCUGAUGGCGUGUUUCUGCUGUGAACAGCCUGAACUUCCCCUGGACUUAUUUCCCCCCCAUCUCUUGUAAAGUCAAAGACACAGAACCGAUUUCUUAAAGGAAGUCUGUUAAUAUGAUUAAGCUCAUCAUAGUUUAAUAGAGAUUGCAAGCUCAGAGGAAGCUUACCCUAACCCUCAUUUGUGACAGACAGGAGGCAUCAGCACAACUUGGCCUUUAAUACUUAAACUUUGCUGAUGAAACAUCUUCCUGUUUCCAUCUGCCUCGCCUCUGAGCGUGCUAAAGAGCAACAUGUAGGUUUGAAUGAUUAUUAAUGUUAUUAUUAUCAUCUAUUUCUACCUUGGAAUGUUAUUUUUUUCAAAGGAUCAGUGAAAAAUAGGAAAAUCAACUAAUAUAUAAAAUUGAGAAGAUCAAUUGUCUGACUGAUGGUGUUCACAGGUAGAAAUAAAUGCUGGAAACAUUUAAAUAAUAAUAAAAAUAGACAUUUUUUGGCUUCUAUCCAAACUAAAGUGUAAUUUCCAACAUUUCUCACUAUCGCCCUCCCCUGGCCAUUCUAGAGAGCAUCAUUUCUGCCCUAAACCUUCAAUUUGACUCUGGUUCCUAAGUUUCUUUUCCUUUUCUCCUCUCCAAAACAGAGAGGAGAAAAGGAAAAGAAACGUCACCAACCUGAGCUGUUGGUGAAGUUUAGUUUCCAUGGGAUUUGGUGGAACUUUUCAUAUUUUGGGAGCGUAAUCGCUGAAACAGAAUUAUCGGCAACAGACCCACACAUUUAGCAUCUGAACGAGACCUUGUUCAGUUUCAUGAGGUUUCCAAGCGACCCCAUCCUGCAGCAGCAGGAAAUGUCCAGAGUGAACUCGGCGGUGGUGGGAGCUUAAGUUUCAGGGGAAAAGGACCCAGUGAUAAAACAUAAGAAGUGCUGCUCUGGUCCAAACACCUCGGUUCAAACUCGGGCUGACGGAGGUUUACUGGUUUCUGCUCAGGUCAGUCAAAGAGCUGUGUUUGUCUCGCUGAGAGCUUCUUUAACAGCAACAUGUAACCAUAACAACGCUCUACAUUGUUCAGACAACUCUGUCCAAUGAAAGGAUAAGGUCCUUUUUCAUUUCUACAUACGAGUCAAGCUGAACGUUUGCAUAUUUCCAUCAGAUCCUAGAAUUCCUCCUGAGGUCUAGAGCUGAAAUCUUGAAUUUUGUUAGAGGAGAAAAAAAGCUCCUAUGUUGUCCUGUUAGGAUAAACCAGCUGAAUCAAAGUGUCCAUUCCUCAUUUAACUGAACUACAAUAAGAGAAUUCUCUAUUGGGCUAGUGUUGGACUUUCUGCAGUUGGGACGCUUCAUGUUCUGGUUCGUUAAAAGUUCAUGUGACUCCAACAACCAAACCUGAGGCGCGGGCCAUUAUUAGUUUAUUUCCUGUUUGUGGCAGCUUUACUGGAAGUCUGCACACAUCUAGAUGAAACCAUGCUGGAGUUGAAGUGCAGUUUUGGACAAGCUUCUUCUUCUUUUGUCCCAUGGCGUCCACAAGCCCAACUUGUCCUGACGCUUUGAUUCAGCCGUUACCAGACGGCUGCGUCUCUCUGCUGAAAGAAUCUGUUGCUUUCUGAAAAGCCGUUGACCUUGUCUGUUUGUGUUUCCACAUGAGCUUCUGCUUUUCUUGGCAUGUUCCUCCAUGUCAAGGCUUUAGCUGUUUUUGGUGUCCCCAAUAAUGUUCAGCAUGCUGCUAAAAUAUGUAAAAGUCCAAACAGUGAAGAGUCGUUUCACGUCUAGGUCAGUGAGCAGUGAUUAAUGUCUCAGCUCAUUAUUCAUCAGCUUUUUUUAUUACAUUUCCAAAUGAUAUUUUUUGAUCUAAAAGAAUAUGGUUCUAGUAAAUAGUGUAUAAAUGAAAGUGGAUAUGAUGUUGAAUAGAAAUAUAUAUAUAAAUAUAUCUAAAAAAUAUUUUAUCUGAUUGCUGAAUGGACUGGAAGAUCAGCUGGGCCUGGUGCCAACUCAUCCUUCAUGGGCCAACUGCAGAAUGCUACUGGUUUGGAACUCUCUGAUUGGACAAUGCACCUGUCCGUCAAGCUGUAGGGCUUGGCCACGCCCACAGGAUCACAUGGUGCUAUUUCACAGACUCCAGGUGGAUCUGAAAGUUAUCAGAUCACCAUCAUGAAAAGGACAAAAGUCCUGCAGAUGUUCCAGUCUGCGGGUUCCUCCUGAAUGUUUCCAGCAAACAGUCACAAGGUGGAUGUUCAUCCAUGACAAACUGCAGAUCCAGGAGACGGCGCCUCAGAAGAUCCUUCACUAAGCAAACUGUGUCCAAAAAUAUUCGGUUUGGGGUUUUGUGAUUCUCACAUCUGCAAGGCUUUUUUUUCUCCUUCGUCACAUUGGACCUAAUAAUGUACAGUAUCAUUUUUACCUGAACUAUGUAGAUUUUUGGACCAACUGACUCACCGUUGUAGUACAAAACUGGCAUUGUAGAUCUACUUAUUUAGAACAAGCGGUAGCUGGACCGUUCUCAUGGUCUCCAGGCUGCCAGGCGAACCAUGAGUUGAUUGUAAAGUCAAAGCUUGAGUUGGGUCCAAAGAGACCCAGAAUGGGAGCCAAAGACCUGUGGUCACGCAGGCGCAGGGUGGGUUCAUCCAAACUAAUUCUGGGUAGGAAGCAAAGUGAUGAACAACCCUUGACCUUUGACCCCACUCUGAGAAAUGAAGAAUCUCUGGUCCUCAGUGAAAAUUGCAGUUUUGUCAUGGAGGAACAUCCACUCGGCUGUUGCUCUGAGCUCAACCACAUUCCUGUUUGUUCUUCAGAACCCGACGGCCCGCCCUGACCCGGUGAGUCCAGCUGUGACCUGAAGCGGGACCGGCGGUCCGGGCCGGGUCUCAGGGUCUCACGGCGAGCCUCGCCUCGCCUCCUAGACGCUCUGUGAGCUUCGUAAUCUGGUGUUUCAAGUCCGACUGAUUGUGUUAACAGACAUUAAAGAGACAUUCGGAGUCAAA